AUGAUAACCUCCUCUUUAGUAGAGAACAGGGGUCUUACAGAAACUUUGAACUGCAGAUUUCUAACUGUAGGUGCUGAGGAAGUAUCGUACGAACUAAAGGCGUUAUGGGGAGACCCAACCAAAAAUGCAAGGGGACUUAAGGGUUACAUAUUAGAAGGAAGGGGCAUAGUGGGUGUUCUCUCAAUUGUGUUGCUUUUGCCUUUUAAUAUGAAGUUUGGAAAGCAGCAGUACCUUAGAAGAGACAAAUCUUUUGUUGGUAGCUAUGUGGAUCUCUCUUCCCUUAAGAGUUAUUUAAAAUAUUGUGCGAACUAUGUUCAUCCUCUAGAAAAUGAAGAAAAAACUGAAAGAGAGGAUUUUAUAAUUUCAUCUGGUUCAUUUACAGACUUGGGUACUCCACAGGUUCAGGCUCAUUUACCAGAUAGAGUUAUCGGUGGCGGUCUUUUACAGCAUAUGGAAUUCUUAUCCAUGAGCGAAAAUGAAUCUCAAUCCGCAGCCCACUCGCCAGAAAUUCUACGAAAGCUUCCCAGUCGCCUCUCAAAAACUUUUAAAGAAAAACUUAUAGAAGAAGCAAAAAAAGCAAAUAAACGAUUUGAGGAGGAGAGACUUCAAAUAAUUUUACUUGCUGAGGAUCUGAAGAAAGACUUUCAACACUUAAGUCAAAAACAAAUAGAAGCUAACUUACAAGAGUUGCGUCUCAAAAUUCAGGAUUUAUUUGACUACUCUCACUUGCAAGAAGAUGCUUUUUUUAAAAUUUUAAAAAAAUGGGAUAAAAGAGUUGGGUCAUCAGAACUCACAAGAGAUUCCUUUUUUAAGGAAGUUCUUGACCAACAGCCCUUCAUACAGUGCGAUGUGGAAGCUGCGUUAAGGACAUGUCAAGAGAUAAUGCUGUCACUUGCCUCAAGGAGGCCUCCCUCGCAGUUUAUUGUUGAUCUUUCGAAACCCAUUCAGGAUAAAAGAACCACCAAAGACUCUUUAGAUAUUGAAAAUUUACAACCCUCAAAAGUUCAUCGCUUUUGGGUCACUAUGAAUGACGAUGCUUUUACCCGAAAGUUAAAAGUUCCUGUGAUUGUUGCGAAAGGCGCGUGUGCUGGACAGACCAUGUGCGUGACAGCAUGUCUGCAUGGAAACGAGCUGAAUGGGAUUCCGGUGGUUCAUAAGAUGGUCCACGAUAUCGACCCUCAACAUCUCGUGGGAAACCUCGUGGCCAUCCCCAUAGUUAACGGCCCCGGUUACCUUCAGAACAUACGGGGCUUUUCGGAUAAUGCGGACCUGAACCGUUGCUUCCCUGGAAACCCCACCGGUAAUCGCAGCCUCCAGUACGCGCACUGCUUUAUAGAAAAAAUAGUGAAGCACGUGGAUUAUCUAGUCGAUCUCCACACGGCUUCACAUGGACGUGCCAAUUCGCUCUAUGUCCGCGCCGAUAUGAACGACCGAAUGUGCAAGCGAUUUGCACAUCUCCAGAACCCAACAAUAAUAGUGCACAACUCGAGUCCCGGCGGCAGUUUGCGAGGCGCCGCACAGGAGCUCAACAUCCCCGCCAUCACCGUGGAAAUCGGCGACUGCAGUAAAUUUCAGGAAAGUUUCUUUAGCGACGCGCUAAGUUUUUUUCUACUUUUUAGUUGUUAGUAAAUUUUUUUAUGAACGAGGAUAAUUUCAUUAAGAGAACUCUCGUG